UGAACUUCGAAAAUGACGUUGCUCCUCGUCUCAGUGCAUGAUUCUUGAGGAAAUCGAAUGGGCCGCGAAAAUUUUAACUGCAGCAACAAUAACAAUAAAAAUAAUAAUUAUUAUUCUUUUACCUCAUAUAAUACAAAUACGAGAAAAUGUACAGGUGUCUCAUUUCGUAGAGGAAAUGAUGACAGGGAAUAUGUCUUUUUGGAAGAAUGGGAAUAAGUGAAUAAGUCAAGGGUCCGACUCUGCACACGCAUGUCUGCCUUUAUUGUCCCGAAAGAUUAAGGCGCCCCGACGUGCGCUGCGCUGCGCUGCGCUGCGCUGCGCGGCUCCGGCGGCCGCCGCGCGCGUGUCUCCGCGCCCGAGGACCAAGUGAGCCGCGGCAUCAGCAUCAGCAUCGGCACGGCUCGCACCGCCAACGACAUGAUGAUGGGAUUUCAGAAUAACAGCUGCCUCAGUUAAUUUCUCUUGCAUUUAUUUAUUUAUUUAUUUAUUUGCGUACCAUUUUUUUUUUUUUUUUUCAAAAUCUAUACAGCGCAAGACUAAGGGAAAAUGGGAACAUUACCGCUUCGUCGCUCGGUUUUCCUUCCUCGCCGCGCUCUAUUUCACGGUCGAGCGCCGUACGUGUCGGGAUGAAUUAAAGCGAUUCAGAAUCGUCUCGCGAAACUGGCUGAGUUAUAUGAUCGAGCGAUGGGUGUGAAGCGCGCUCUGAAUACCAAUUAGCGAGCGGAGGGUCUCUCCCACAAUGCAGAGAGGAGCCUCGCAGGCUCAAGGAAUUAAUUGUACUAAAUGGUUAAAUGGAUAAAAAUGGACCGAAUCAAGAGGACAGAUCUGAUAAACAAAGAAACGGUUUCUGGAAGCAUAUGCUUUUGGGAUUUAUUGCAUUGAGAAAGGGCCAUUUCAUAAUGAAAAUAUAAGCUGUAUCAAUACAAUCUGUAUUUCCACUCUUGUUUGAAAUCCACUGGAAAUUUUUACAUGCUUUUUUUCCACUCCGGGACAAUGAUACCUCAUAUCCUUCACUAUUUUUUAGUCAAGACAAUCCGACAUCUGUGAUACAAAAUCAGUGCAAACAAACAUUUUUAAUUCAAUUUUAAAUUGUACAGUUUUUCAGUUGAAUGAGUGUCAUCAUGCGACUUAAACAGACAUGACAUGCCUGGAAUUCCAUGCUGCUAUACCCCAGUGCUGAAGAUGAUAAAGGAGCCUUCGCUACUGGGUUGCCAUGGUUACCUGUCCUCACAAAGCAGCUCCUCUCUGAGUUCCUUACAGAAAUUCAGAAAGCAGUGAGAAAGAGGGCAGCUGGAAAAGCUGUUGUACAAAAACAUUGUUGAUACUAAACUCCUACGUAAGAAGAUACCACUGUAGAUGUGCUAGGAUGAGAAGAAACAUGCAGUUAGAUGUUACGGUAUCGCUAAAAGAGGAAAAAUAAUUCCUGCUCAGUAGUUUUGCAAGGUAAAACUGACUAUAGAAGUGCCGAGAUCAUCGUAAAAGUUUACAAGAGAAAAAAAAGAAAAAACAACUCCUGCAACUGCCAACAAAUUGUUUACAGCUCAUAACAAAGUACUAUUUUUGUAUUUUUGUGUGCUUUUUUGCUCAAGGUCAAAUUGUUGCUAACGAAUAUUCAAGUGCCAUAUAUAUUUAUGAAAAAAUACUGCCAAAUAAAAAAAGAAGAGGUUAUAAACGCAGAGCGAGAGAAGCGCGUCAGGUUUACAGGUGAAACAAGGGCCGUUUACACUUCACACUUUUUCCACUGUCAAUAUUCAUAGUCAUAGAAUAAGAACGUCGCCGAAGGCAAGGGAAAAGUACACACCACGGCGUGUUAGUAGUAGUGGAGCUUCGUGUUUACAACACACAUCUCUGGUUUUUAUAUUUAUUUCGUUUACAAGCCAAAUCUGCCUGACAGGAAAAAACUCGUGCUGUUCUAUUAUCCACAUGAAGCGCUACGUCAGCUCGUCGAAAACUUUACACUAGCUCGUCUUUUUACAGUGUGACAAGCUUCAAAAGCUAGCAAAUGAAAAUAAACUCGAGCGAGCACUGAAAAUGUAAAUGCCCGUGUUUACACCUUACGUGUACAGUCAGUCAGAGAUCCACGCAGAAUGUAAAGAAUACGAGUGGAGUGGAAACACAAAACAGUCGGUAGCUACGCAGUGAGCUGUGGUGUCGCGCGCGCUGAAGCCAUUUUACUGCUCAGAACCACCGCUUUAGUGUAUUGCUCCGGCUACGGAUAUAACGGGCCUUUCUGGAAGCUUCUCUUAAGACCUUUAUAAUGAAUGCGCAGCACACUUUCGCAACACGAACAAGCAAAAGGAAUGAGAGGAAAAGAUGAAUACCGCUCCGGACAAUAGUCUGAUAGAGCCCAGGGAUGCGCCCUGCUUUAUUGGUCGCGUGCAGUGCCGUACGUUACAUUACUGAACACAUAACACUGUUUUACUGGGACUUCGGGGCGCACAGCUCACACCUGUGGCACGUGUGUCUGUGAACGACGUUUUUUGCCGACAAGACAAGCGGCUGGAGAGCGCGCGCACACACACACACACACGCGCGCGCUGGGAAGAAUCUAUUCCCCCGAACUCUUCAUUCCCCGAAAAUGAGUACAGUCGCUCUUUUCAGAAUGCUUUCCGUUUCCUUCGUUCUCGUUUUCCUGUGCGCGCGCGUCGUUGCCAUGGCGCCCAACGCCACGGAGCGCCGCGCGGCCAGCGCCGGGACCCCCGGAGCGGGAAACUUCCAGCUGUCGGCUCCACCGGCGGCGAGGCCCGCUGGGAGGUCCGAACCGUGGACGAAAAGUGCUGAAACUCCCCCGAAACCGCUAGCGCAGAUCAUGCUGCCCAGAAACGUGACGGCAGACGCCCUGAAGCCCCCCCUCGGAGCGGCCCAGGUGGAGCCGCCUCCGAAGCGGAUCGUGGAUGUGGAUGUCUGCAGGGGUUACUAUGACGUCAUGGGGCAGUAUGACCUCACCUUCAACUGCACCAAAGGCACUUACAUUUACUGCUGUGGGACUUGCCACUACCGCUUCUGCUGUGAGCACCAGAGCAACCGCCUGGACCAGGACUCCUGCAAGAACUACAUCUCGCCAGUGUGGGCCAAGACGCUGCCGCCUGCCACGGCGCCUCCAGGCCAGCGUCCGGACCCAGACUUUGACCCGGUGCAGCAGCAGAACAGUAACACCAUGUACGUGAUAGGAGGGGUGAUAUCAUUCACCGUGGUGGUGGCAGUGGGUAUCAAGGUGGCCUUCCACAAGGCGUCGCGACGGCCCAGACACCGAGACAUCAAUGUGCCCAGAGCUCUGGUGGACAUUCUGCGUCACCAGUCCAGCCCAGUUCAGCAAGGAGAGAGGAACAACAGCGUUGCCCUCGGCUCCGGGGGGACUGAGGGCACUCUUGGGCGACCCCCCAAGAACCUCUACACACCUGUCCCUCAGGGCAAAGACAACCGAAAACGCCCACCCCGCAUGAACAACGCCGCACUGGCACCCACCGGAGCACUUUUGUCCAGUAAACACAGCAACACAUCAGCGCCGCAUCCCUCGCUCUCACACUCCUUCCACAACCUGGCCCAGCUGCCUCCGUCCUACGAAACGAGCGUGAAGCCUGAGCUCAGUAGGUACUGCUCGCUGAAGAGGCUUGAAAAGGAUCUGGACGAGUACUCUGGCUACUACACGACUAAGCGGCGACCCACCAAUGCUCCUCCUUCGUUCCAUUCCUCCCAGCACCACCUCUACUGGGGUGGGGACUACACACUCGGGGCCAGGGGUACCCUCCCUCUGCAUGGCUCACGUCCUCGAAUACACGUUCCUUCCGGGCCUCCGCAGACCCCAAACCCAUAUCCCUUACAACCACCCCCGGCUCCAUUUAACCCCAACUUUGACACUCUGUCCAAACCUCCGAGAAGAGUGAUGUCCCAGGAGCAGUUGCUAAACAUAGGAGAAGGCAACACCUUGUCCAGACUAUCAAAAAACCAACAGCACCAGUAUUACAAAGCCAUGGCGGCAGCCAAAAGCUCGAACAUGCAAACCCACCGGAAAUCUCACGAGAGGCUCCUUGUGUCCCCCGAUCAGCUGGCGGAGCAUGUUAGCGGAGGGGUAGCUGCUGGGGAUUUCGGAGGAAUGGUCCCGACUUUGCCCAGGCUUACCCCCAGCCAGAAAACACAGUCGCAACAAAACGUAUGUGCCACGCCCUCACUUGACCGACACCACAUGAUCAAAAUGAACUCCCACCCCACCUCUGGCAGAGAACAGGAGCGGAGCAUCGGGGUGCCGGGCCAUGCAGGCGGGGCUGUUGGGUGGGGGGAGCUGCCUGGGGGGGGCACGGGGACACUGGCAGGUCACAGUGCGAGAAGGUUAGCGUUUGCAGCGAAGCGGCAGAACACCAUCGAGCAGUUACAUUUCAUUCCUGGCGGAGGAGGUGGCGGGGCAGGUGGCGGGAGCCAGGGCUUGAGGACGGGAAGCAAGAAUGAGGUGACAGUGUAAAAAGGAAGAGAGGGAGGAUGGGUAUGGGAACUGAGCGCUCUUGGGGGAGGGGCACAGGACUGAGAGCUGACGUACAGGUAGAUAGGUCUCAGAUGGAUAGUGUACAAGUGAAAGGAAUAAGGAUGAGCUUUUUUCGAGUGACACGUCCGCCACAGUUGUCACACACUCAGAGUGUUUUGAAAAGAGACGAAGGGCUGGUAGAAGGGACAAUACUCUUUUCAUACAACUCAAAAAUCAGGUCAGUUUUUAACCACGAUUCCCUGCGAUUCUGUGCCAAGUCGGGAAGGUGAAAUCGGAAGUUAGACGACGAGCGAAUAAUGUAAUGGAAAGGAACGGAAGGCAGCCAUUUUUACUUAGUCGCUAUUUGCUACGGAAACUUGCAAAAAAAAAGACAAAAUUAAAAUUUUCAGCCAUAUUUAGAGAGGGAGAAAAAGGGCAGUCAAAAGCUAUCGUUAAAAAAGAAUGAGCUGGUUUCCUCAUCCAGGUCUCCGUGAUCUUGCUUCUGCUGUGUCCCAUAUUCAUUUGUCUAAAAUGUUCCCUUAGAGAAUUAAUAUGAAUAUUUCCCAUUGUUCUCUGAUGAACGACUGGAUAAAACAGUGGUUAACUGUUACGAGGAGAAAAAGUGGUCAAAGGGCCAGUUACUGAAUUGAAAACACGACUGAAAUGUACGAGUUAUAAUGUGGAAUGUACCCCGUGAUGCUUCAGAUGUGGACUCUUCUGAUGCCAAACAUACCGCUGGCUUUAAACACUCAAGAUCAUCUGUGCUCACACAAGAGAGUGUAGCUUUCAAGGACAAGAGACCCAAUUCUCACUCUCUGAGGCCAGCAAACUGCAGGUGGUCGACAAAUCCAAUGCAUAUUUUUAAUACCCUGAUAUUUGUGCCAAUAAUCCUCAAUAACUUUUAUAUCCUCGCAGCUGAACAAGUUGGUCACUGAUGGACAAUCUAACCCUGAGAUGAACACAUAUAAACUCAAGAUUUCAAUACUAAGCACUUUUUGAGUGUGUGACACCCUGUACAAUGUACCGAGACAUUUCGUAUUCUUUGUUUCGAAUAAUCAGUAUAAAUUAAUCUCCCAUUAAGUCCUCUGCCCAUUCACAAGAAUUCCCUGAACUACAGUACCAGGGGAAUUUUUCACACGUCUCAAAGUAUUAGUGGAGUGCACUUUGAGGACAAACAUUUAUGACUUUUCAUUGUCGGGAUGUUUGCGUAGCGUAGUGCAUUGUUUUCUCCCGACAUAUGUCCAUGCGUAAUGGGACUGAAAAUGUAAACUUCACUGUACAGAAGCAAGAAAUCCAUCUGAACAUGACUGCCAGCAGAACUGACCACCUGACCAUAGAACUGCAGUUAGUGGUUAAUGGGAGUGUGGUAAGACUUCUGAAUCAAGGUAAAAAUGCCAAAUCUCCUGACAAUCAGCGCUAGGGAAAAGUCAUCCAACAUGUUUUUUUGCCGCUGUGUAAGAAAUGGCACACUGAUUAUUCUGUGUCAGUGUUCAGCAAUAUUGUUAUUGUAUGUAUCUUAUACGAAUAAGCCUCAUUAGUUCUGUUGGGUUACACAACAGACAGUAAGUGAUUAGGUUCUGAUUAUUGUGCUUUUUGGUAACAUGGUAAAA